UCAGUACGUGCGGGCUUUAAGGUUGGGACUGGAGACUAGAAGGUGGGUGCUUCCUGCGCCUGUUGCCUGCUGAAUUUUUCCUGCCGGGCCGUACGGUGCAGACCUCAUGGCGGAGAUAAUCCAGGAACGCAUAGAAGAUCGAAUCCCGGAAUUGGAACAGCUGGAGCGCGUUGGACUAUUCAGUCGUGCGGAGAUUAAGGCUAUCAUUAAGAAGGCUUCUGAUCUAGAAUACAAAAUACAGCGAAGAGCCCUUUUUAAGGAAGACUUUAUCAAUUAUAUUCAAGAUGAUGUUCAACUUUGGCUGUCCUAUGUUGUGUUUUGUAAGAAAUGGGCUACCAAAGCUCAACUUAGCAAGGUAUUCUCUGCCAUGUUGGCUAUUCAUUCAAAUAAGCCAGGUAUGUACUUCAGGAUGGAGCUGAUGCAUGCUGAGAARCUGAGGAAGGAAAAACAAGAAUUUGAAAAGGCUGACAUGGAUAUGGCUAUGCACACAGAUGACCCUCUCACUUGGGAUUAUGUGGCACGCCGAGAAUUAGAGAUCCAGUCACAACCAGGAGAUGAGCAGCCUCUGACAAAACAAGCCAAAGCAGCGGAGGUGGGCCGGAGGGAGGAGAGGUGCUGUGCUGUAUAUGAAGAGGCAGUGAAGACUCUGCCUACAGAGGGUAUGUGGAAAUGUUACAUCAAUUUUUGCUUGGAAAGAUUUUCUAAGAAGACGAGUAGUGAGUUCCUCAGAGGGAAGGUUUGUUUGCCCUUAUGGAUUUCAUGGGCAGAGUGGAGUGAAGGUGCCCAAAGCCAUGAAGACACAGAAGCAAUCUUUAAGAAAGCUAUUUUAGCUAUCACAGGUWCCAGCUCAGUAACUCUGAAGGAUAAAUACUUGGAUUGGGCAUAUCGAAUUGGUGGCAACAAAAAGGCCAGAACUGUGUUUAAAAGUUUACAGGAAAACCGGCCAUUUUCAGUAGAUUUUUUCAGGAAAAUGAUCCAGUUUGAAAAGGAGCAAGUAAAUCUUUGGAUGGACUACAUCAAAGAAGAAUUGAAUCACCCACUUGGUAGACCUGAGAAUUGUGGGCAGAUCUAUUGGCGAGCCAUGAAGAUGUUGCAGGGAGAGUCAGCAGAGUUGUUUGUAGCCAAACAUGCUAUGCAUCAGGCUGGACAUUAGUGAAGAGAAGAAUACAACGAACUUUGUAAAUCCUCUUGCAAGCCUCCUGGACACUUUUGUAUUAUGAAUCAGUCUGUAAAUUGAGGUGACAGAUAAAAUGGCUGAUUGAUUUUGA